AAUACCCGCCUCUGUCUGGUGGCGCACUUCUCAACCUUUCAAACAGGCAUCAGCGACACUUGUGCAUUUGAAGCCCAUAAAGUAGCUGACGGCGAACAGUAAAAUUUACUUUAAGAAUAAAGCUCGAAUAUAUUAAAAAGAAUUAAGUCAGAAUCAUGACAGAGGAAUGGCAAUCUCCUUCUGUCUCAUCCUCGGUUCGUUUAGACGACAUUGCUGAAGGCUUUGUCCACGAAGAUGCGGAGAAGGCGACAGACGAUUUGGAUCCCCUCAAGCCUGGGGCUGGCGACGCACCCAUAUUUGCUCCUUCGGUCUCUGUCCCUCCGGCUCCCAGCACCUUCGAGCUGGCAGAAAGCACCGACAUCGGCGACGAUGACCUGACUCCUCCACCUCUGCCCGCCAGAAGCCGACCCGAACCAGACUCUAGUUCAGAGACGGCGCCUGCUGCAGCCCCCGAGUCCGCCAAGACCCGCCCAGAGUUAGUCGGUUACACGUUCUUAGAGCAGAAGCUAGAUCCAAAAGACGAAUCCUUUCUUUCUCCUUUCGUUGCACCUGAAUGUGUGAUGCAGUCUUCUGCAGACUUUUCUGUCAACUUGAAAGAUCAGCCAGCUAGUGCCGAACCUGUGGGCCCACAGGAUGCUGCACCUGUGCAUGUUGAACCUGUUCCUGUCUUCUCUAUGCCCUCCUUUUCUUCUGAUUCUGUAACUGAAUUAACAAUGUCUGCAAAAGCAGUCCACAGUGAUGAUCUUAUACAGACUGAAGUUCCUAUAAAAACAGGUUUACAAACAACCUUUGGUUUUAUGGAAAAUGCAUUGGACAAACAAGUAGCAGACCAUUUAGAAAAAGCUCAUGCUGUUGACGAAAAGGCACACGUGAAGCCAGCAUUUAUAGAAUCAUCAGAGUUAGACAGACUAAAUUCUGUUGAUGGAAGUCCUUUUCAAUACAAAAUUGGUCAGUGUGUAGAGCCACAUGGAAAUGAAUUUAAAGGGGCUACAUCAUCCCUGGUUGAAGAAACAAUGCCCGAACAAGUAAAUGCAGAUAAUGGAGAACUGAAGAUUAGGGAGGUCAUGGGCAUGGAUAAAGUUCAGUUAUCAGAUGACAGGGAAGUUGAAAUGGAUACACUCUUAGGGUUACCUAGCGAGUACGUUGGUGCGACAGGGGUGGGUAUGCCCCCCUUAGACAGAAUUGUUGAGGAAAAGGAAUUCAUGCAGAACACAUUGAUUAAUUUCAAUGAGCAAUCUAUUAAACCAGCGGAUAGUGGUCUUAACUUUUGCUACGGUGAUGUUUUGGAUGUAAAGGAGAGAAAUGAGUUAAAACCUUCUGGUCCAGCAAUUAAUCAGGCAAUGGUUAUUGAUACUGAUACCAGUAAAACCAUUAACAAUGUAACUAAUAAGUCUGAGAGUGGUAUGUUUCAAGAUCAGGAAGCUUCAAAGACACCAGGUGAAACUGAAGAACCAAUUGUGGCUAAGGCUACUGGAAAGCUAGGUUAUGCAGACUUGGAGGACUUUGUGGAACAGUCCUUUAAGCAAGAUGAAAAGCUGUCUCCAACUGAUGAAGCAUAUUUUGCUGUUUCACAAGUUCCAGUUGUAAGUGAAUCUCAAACCUGUAUGACCUAUGCCACAUUUGAUUCUUACAACAUGUUAGAGUCUGAUUACUUCAGCACUAAUGAAAUGGUUCCUGAACAUGAUGCAGUUGUAAAAGAAAAGACUGAACUCAAAGAAACUUCAAUUCCAUUACAGUUAACUGCUAUUAAGUCAGAAGUGACGAAUAAGGCUGAAGAUCCAGAAACACAACCUGUGACACCAGUGUUUACUGGAAAUAAACCCAAUUCCAAAGUAGAUGUGACAUCUUCUGAAAUGAACUCACAACUACUCAGUAGCUUUGCAAUCCAACCAGACCAGAUUAUGAAAACUGACUAUUUGAAUGAAGUCACAACUUCAGAUAAAACUGCACAAGGUUUUGCACCAUACCAUUUGCAGAGAGCCUUUGAAAUCAAGUCACCAGGAUUAAUAGGAUUAGAAAUGACUGAAGAUGCAUUUGAUGUAAAAAAAGUAAAAUCUGCUCAACCUCUUAAUCAAUUCCAACUGCUACCUUCCACAUCCGAAAAUAAUAUUUUGGGCAAAUCUGAGGAAGUACAAGAUUCAGCAGAUAUUAUUGUAAAGUCACCUAGUCACACAGAAAAAGUGUGUGUUACGAUUCCUACAGAUCUUGAGUGUGCUACACAAUUUGAUGCUCAGUAUACUGGUAAAGAACAAAUUGAGCAUUCCCUUCUAGAACCACUUAGUUUUACAGACAGUGCUGCUAAUGGUAUUCCAGAGGUAACACGCACAGAUUUGUUUGAGGAACAAAAGACUGUAAGAAAUAGGGGAAUUAGUGAAGAUACAGUAAUUAUUUCAGAGCAGGUUCUGGUUCCUGAAGAGAGAAAUGUACCAGAGCGCACAUUGGUUGAUUCUGUUUUAGAGGCAGGAGAUAAAAGUGAGGAUUUCUGUGCACAGUUUGGGUACAGAGAGUCUGAUGCCUCUGAAAAUAGAAAUCAGUUUGUCGACCAGCCCAGUAAACAAGAAUUGUUGUCGAGUAAAGUUGUGGAAGAAGAGAAUUAUCCUACAUUGCAUUCUCCGAAACACAACAUACCAGCUGAAACUUCAGCAACAAUGAAGAGUCUAGAUGUGACCAUAUGCAAAGAAGUUGCCAUCAGCAAAUCUGAACCUAUUUUGGGAGCUCAGGGAGCUACUACAAUUGGAAUGAAACCUGUUGAAGGGAUUUUAAAUGAUUACAAACAUGUAGAGCAAUGUUCACUUGGCCCCCUCUCACUCCAAGAUGAAAUUAAAAUCCCGUCACUGAUUAAAAAUGUAACUGAUGUUCUGUCUGAUCCCUUAAAAGUUACAGAGAAAGGUGCAAUAGAAAUUAGUUUAAGCCAUCAGGAAGCUUCUGAGAAAGUACUGCCCAGUGUAACAAUGAGUGAAAGUUGUCCUGCAAAAGAAUCUAUCCCUGUUCCUUCCAUGAUUGAAGACACCACACCAGCCACAUUAUCAAUGCCAAAUGAGGACUCUUCAGUUGUUGACAAAGGACUUGCUUUAAAAGCUUUAUCUGAAGAGACUUGUUUGACUGCUUCCCAGCCAGUGACUUGGGCUGUUGCCCCAACAUUGCAAGAUAAAUUUCCAGACAAUUGUUUGGAAGAAUUUGAUGAAAUGAAAGCUAAAAUUGAUGACCAUCCUGAAAAAUUAGAGAUUGCAGAAGUACAGCUGAAACCCCAGGAGUCAGCUACAGAUGCUUCAUUUCCCAUGAAUGAAGAAGUAACAAAGGCUUCAAAAGAAGUGGUCACAAAAAUUUUAGAAACCAGUGUGGCUCUAGCAGAAGUGUUGGGAGAGAAAGAAGGAACACGAGCAGUAUCCAUGUCUCGGAAAGAAACAGAUAUAAUAUUCCCCUCCCCUGUUGGAGAAAGUGACAUAAGCAAAAAAUAUGUUUCAGUAGAAACUCUGGUGCCAGAAUUGCCCUCUGUUGCUGAGAGCACUGAAACAUCUAAAGAUGCUGCUGUUGCUGGUAUAGCCGACAUUUCGGUAAAGCCGGACAAAAAAUCAGUUGUGGACUUAAUCUACUGGCGUGAUAUCAAGAAGACUGGAUUGGUGUUUGGUGCGAGCCUGUUCUUACUGCUGUCUAUGACAAUUUUCAGCAUUGUCAGUGUAAUUGCAUACCUUGCCUUGGCACUGCUUUCAGUUACCAUUAGUUUCAGAAUAUACAGGGGUAUUUUGCAAGCAGUGCAGAAGUCUGAUGACGGGCACCCAUUCAAGGCCUGCUUGGAGACAGAUCUUGCUGUGUCUGAUGAACUAGUGCACAAGUAUAGUGAUAUUGGGCUAGGCCAUGUCAACCGUGUGAUUACUGAAUUAAGACGGCUGUUCCUUGUUGAAGACCUGGUGGAUUCUCUGAAGUUUUCAGUGCUGAUGUGGCUGCUCACAUAUGUUGGUGCCUUGUUUAAUGGGCUGACCCUGCUGAUAAUAGCUCUGGUAGCAGUUUUCAGCAUCCCUGUUGUUUAUGAAAGACACCAGGCUCAAAUUGAUCAUUACAUAGGGAUAGCAAGUAAGCAGAUUAGAGAUGUCACUGCUAAGAUUCAAACAAAAGUUCCUGGACUGAAGAGGAAAGCUGAAUAAAAAGGAGCUUGUCCUGUGCUUCAUGGCAUGUUUUCUUCUGGGCUGUCACUUGGAUUGUCAGAGGGAGGGUUGGGAAGAACAAAAUAGCCUUGGAACUGCAGUGUAAUUUGCAAAUCUUUUCCAUUUUGGUAGUAACAGAAACCGUGUUUAACUGUAGUCUAUUUCAUGAUCCAUUAUAUCACAUACUAACAUGUAAGAAGUUUGAAUUCAGUUUAUUUAUCUCAUUUGGUACAGAGAACACUGGUUUGUAUUAAAGAUUUGAGAAGCUGUACAUUGCACGUGUCGGGGUAGUGUCUUACUAUGUCAAAACAAAUCAUGGUGCAGUUGGAGCUUUUGGUAUUCCCUGCCCCCCAGUUUGCACACUGUUUGUAGGAUCUAUGCUGUGAGGUUGGUGCAAAUUUCUAACCCCAUGUGAUCAAAAUAUUUACUGUACUAUUGUAGUGAAAUUUGAGGUCUUGCUUUCUGACUAAAACCUUUCGCUGUAUUAAGAUUUUACUGUUUUAAUGAUUACCCAGUUAGUGUUUCACUAAGCUAAGGAGUUGACCUGAGCAGCUCCACAGUGCUUGACAUUUCAGAGUUAACUGAAUUUUAAAGAUGGAUCCACAGCACUGAACCAUACAGUAAGAUAUAUAUAUUGCAUAAAAUUGAAAUCGCAGAAUAAAUGUGCAACUCAUCAAACUUUCAUCUGUGUAGCAAGAAAUGUAUGAGCACACAUAUAGCAAAAUUUUAACUGUACUUCUGAUUAUUUGUGGACUGUAUCUAAUGCUAUGAAUAAAUGUAACUUGGAAAUUUCAAGCAUUGUUUGAUGCACAAAUAUGAGAAUGAACAUUGCAUUGUAAAUGAAUUGGGCUUAGGCCUUUGUCUGGGGAUUGCAUUGUGAAAUAAAAACAAGAAUGAAUAAAGCUUACAGACAAAA